AGGGCAUGUCGGAACCGAGAGCUGAAAUGGAGAAGAUCUUUCAAGAUAAGCUACAGGAGAUGUUGAAUGACUUUCAUCAGCGAGCCCGUGUUGAACUGAUUGCAAUUGAACCUGCAGGCGAGCCACACAAAACAUACAUUGUGUUCAUGUCUUUUGAUGCAUCCAAAACUGAGGAAGACAUGCCCCUGCCUGUUGAAGAUCAGCUGGACUACAUUCACUCCCUUAAUACAGACCACAUGACAGUUACAGAUGGGCUCAUUUAUUGGGAAGGUCCUGAUCUGUGUGCUUCCUCCAAGCAAACUUUGUGUCCCCUUAACUCUCUGUGCAUCAACACCCUGGGCUCCUACGCCUGUUUGUGCCAACAUGGCUACUACGAUGUGAGCUCUGUCAUCGACCCCCCUAUGGCUUCACAUCCAAUCUGCAAUGGUGAACAAAACCCACAUCCAGUUACAAAACACUCUGACUGUGACCAUCAGAGAUCAAAUCAUCACCGACAGGAUCUAAAAGUCGUCUGGAAGUGCAUCUACCCGCGGCGUUAUGUACGCAACGCUCAAGUCAGUGUGGAUGUUGAGUGGCACUCCUCCGCCUCCCUGGUGGCGUUCAACUCCUCCCUGCAGCUAGGCCUGACCAUGACCCUGCACGCUGAUGAGUCGUACACCGACAGCUACAGGGAUGCCAUAACCAUGGGGCCUGAGGACACUCUGUUCUCCCAGGUGGCCCUGCAGACCAACAACUCCUUUGCUUCAGACGUGCUCCUGCAGGUGGAGUCAUGCUGGACCACUGAGAGCCCCGACCACCAGGACACAGUCCAGGGUGUUCUUCUUCAGGAUGGGUAG